GUGUGUGUGUGUCUGUGUGUGUACCUGUAGGAAGGUACCUGUAAAGAUUGUGCUGACUCUGACUUUGGCACUGACUCAUUAGAAUGACAAAGAUCCGUGUGGUUCCUUUUCUGGGCCUGGGGCAUAUAUAAGGAAAACGAGAAAUCACAGUUAACACAAGCUUGAACUCACAGCAUCAGUGUCAACCCAACAACCGCAGCUAUGGGCAAGAUUAUCUUCUACGAGGAUCGUAACUUUGGUGGCCGUCACCAUGAGUGCAGCAGUGACUGCGCUGACCUGCACUCCUACUUCAACCGUUGCCAGUCCAUCAGGGUGGAGAGCGGCUGCUUCAUGAUCUACGAGCGCUCCAACUUCCAGGGCCACCAGUACUAUAUGCGCCAGGGCGAGUACUCCGACUACCAGCGCAUGAUGGGCAUGACUGACUCUGUCAGGUCCUGCCGCAUGAUCCCCAUGUACCGUGGCAACUACAAGAUGAGGAUGUACAACAGCGACGACAUGUCUGGAGAGAUGAUGGAGCUGAUGGACGACUGCCCUAACUUCAUGGAUCGUUUCAACAUGUCCAACUGCCAGUCCUGCAACGUCAUGGACGGCCACUGGCUCAUGUACGACCAGGCCAACUACAAGGGCAGGAUGUUCUACCUGAGGCCCGGCCAAUACAGGAGCUUCAGCGACUGGGGAGCCAUGAACGCUAGGAUUGGCUCCAUUCGCCGUAUCACAGACUUCUAA